GGAGGGAAAUUCAUAACCACUGAAACUGGAAGUCACCAUUUUUUCUUCCAAUUCUUUCAAUUCUUUUUUUUUUUUUAAUUUUUGUUAUGAACGCUUCUUCAGAUUUAUUAUUGUUGAACAGCUACAGUCAUGAGGAGAAUUAUCCACCUAGCAAACGAUCAAGAAUUGUUGCCAAAACAGCACUCCUUACCCUUCAGAGUUUUUAUCUUCCUUUGAUUUCGUCAGUCACACACUCACCUAUCCACUCAUUCUCACUCAAACCGGACCUGCCGUACACCAUCGGUCGAACCAGCCGCAAUUGCGACUUCACGUUCAAUAGCCGCUUUGUCAGUAGGCAACACUGCCAAAUUUUGUUUGAUAGUGUUGAACGCAAGAUUUAUAUUCUUGAUGGAACAUUUUUAUUGCCCCAUUUUACUUGUGUUGUUAAUGAAUUUAGGAAAAGAAGGUUACUUAAUUCUGAUGAAUUAUCGGAAGAGAAGGCGGAGAUUGGGGCUUUUUCUAGGGUUAGGGUUUCGUUAAAUGGGGUGUUUGUUAAUGGUGUUAGGGUUAAAAGGGGGAUGGUUAGAGAAUUGAAUGCUGGUGAUGAGGUUUUGCUUGUUUGUGGGAAUGAAGGUUUGUGUAGGUCUGGGAUUCGAAUUGGGUUUGUAAUUUUAGGGAUUGUUUUUAAGGAAGAAGUUGUUUUUCGGCCAAACAAUGAUGCGUUUGGGACAAUGACCUGUUCAGGGUACUCCCAAGGUUCUGUAUCUAGUGGGAAGAGGAACAAGAGGGUUUUUGCUUUACAGACAAGUGAUGCCGGGAACUUGGAAUGUGAUUUUUUAAGAUUCAAAUGCAGUGAUCUUAUUGGGAGAGCAAACUUUCUUUUGAGUCAUUGUAGAAAUAUAUUGAGUGGUGAUGAUCCCAUGUCCUGCACUUGGCAGUUCGCUGUUUCUGAUUCACAAAUGGAAGGUACUUAUGGUUGUAGUACUAGUCCAGGGCUGGUGCUAAGUAAUAUUGGUAAAGUUCCAGUUCUUGGUGACUUAGAGGUGAACAGGAUUAAACUUGUUCCUAGGCAAGAACAAAUACCUUCUGAUAAAGCAAUCACUGUGGUGCAGUCAGCAACAUUUCAUGACAAAGAAGUAGUGGCAAUGGAGCCAUAUCAUAGUCGCAUGGAUCCUUGUAAUCACAGUGUCAAUUUAUGUCGUAGAGACAAUAUUGGAAUUGCUUGCAAGAAUACUCUUGCCGCUAAUAAUUCUUCCAAGGCUAAGUUAUUGAAUCCUGGAGCAACAGGUAAUGCUCUUCAAUUUGAUGGUUUGAGCAGGAAAUCAGGCAAGACUUGUUUGCCUCCUGGGAAGAAAUUUUACUUGAACCGUCUUGAAUUUAUGGACCAGACUUCAUCCACUUGCAAUGUUGUUUCCCUACCAGAGCUUCUUUAUCCUGUGGAAAGUAUCUCACAACUAUUUAUUGCUACAUUUACCAGUGACAUUUUAUGUUAUCUUGCUAGGUUUUUAUCAUAUUGUGAGAUUCCUUGCCAUUUGCCAGUGACAGUUGCAUGUCACAACACUGAGAGAUGUUGGAGUUCAAGUGCUGACAAAAGAACCUCAGUGCCUUACCCAGAUUUUCCGAACUUAGUUUUAGUGUUUCCUCCAUUUCCAGAGGCUAUAGCUUUUGGUGAAAACCGGAAGAAACAAGGCAUUGCUUGUCAUCAUCCAAAAUUGUUUGUUUUGCAGAGAGAGGACAGUAUUCGUAUCAUCAUUACUUCUGCUAACUUAGUGGCAAAGCAGUGGAACAAUGUAACUAAUACAAUAUGGUGGCAAGAUUUCCCUCGCAGGAGUGAACCUGAUUAUUUAUCUCUUUUUAUUCAACCUACUGUUGAAGAAAUUAAUCAGGAUUCAAGAUUUGAUUUUGCUGCUCAGCUGGCCAGCUUUAUGGCAUCUCUUGUGGUUGAUGUUCCCAGUCAAGCCCAUUGGAUUUUGGACCUGACAAAAUAUGACUUUGGUGAGGCAACAGGACAUUUAAUUGCUUCAGUGCCUGGAAUUUAUUCUUGUGGAAAGCCCACUGUGCCAGAAUUCCCAUAUUUUAAACCUGUCAAUCAUACUGCAUCAGGGUCAUCAAGUGUAAAGUUUCUUGGUUCAGUUGAAGCAUCUGUGGUUGGUUUAAGCCACCUUUUUCACAAUGCAGCAGACUCUAAUGGUCUGCAAAUUAAGAAACUCGCAUCUUUUCUUGGCAAAUCUUGUGCCAAUGCUUUUGGGACAUUGGAGAUUUUUUUAAGACGAAACACCAAUGGACCUGCAGAUGUUAAUGCUGUCAUGGUUCUUGUUCCCAACCCCGAUAAAUCUUCUGAGGGAGACUGUGUUCAACUUGGCUUUUUGCCUAGAAAUAUCUCGAAGUGGGUUUCUCCCUUGUGGGAUGCUGGAUUUAUAAAAUUCUCUGGAUUUGUCUCCAUUGACAAUGUCCUCGCUGCUGCUUUAGGAGAAAUCAACAAAAAAGUACAACUGAUGCUACAUGUUUUACAGGGGCCUCACUUUUCAGAUAUGUCAAAGAUGAUGCAACCUCAACAUGUUGUUGCAUUAAGCUCUCUCAUUGCUUCAAUUCAGAGAUGUAGAGGAAUCUGGAGACUGCAAGAGGUUUUAGGUCAGUACCGGUGGCCUGAGAUUCAAGAAUCUGAUUUUAUUUAUGGUUCAUCAUCAGUUGGGUCUUCAGUCAAUGCUCCGUUUCUAGCUGCAUUUGCAGCAGCUGCUGGAAAAAAAUCAUUGAGAUUCUUUGACUCUGAAGAGUCUGAUCCAGAGUGGGGCUGCUGGAGUGCAAGCCAAGAAUUGAAUAGCCCAUCUAUUAAAAUACUUUUUCCGACUAUUGAAAGAGUGAAGAAUGCAUGUGACGGAAUCUUGCCCUCAAAGCGAAUUCUUUGCUUCUCAGAGAAAACAUGGCAGAGACUAAAAGCUGUAAACAUUCUUCAUGAUGCAAUUCCUUACCCUUAUGAUCGGGUUGGACAUCCAAUGCAUGUCAAAGUGGCACGUAGAAGCUUUCAGUCUAGGACAGGUGCAUCUUCCUUUGGUUGGGUUUACUGUGGAUCACAUAAUUUCAGCGCGGCUGCUUGGGGAAGACGCAUUUCCAGCCCAUCUGUCAUGAAAGCUAAUGGACCUGAGAAAACUAACACAUCCUCAAAUUUGAGGCUUCACAUCUGUAAUUAUGAACUCGGGAUUAUAUUUGUUUUUCCCCCAACAGAGACCAAGGAUAGAGGUAACAUGGAUGAUGUUGUGUUGCCAUUUGUUGUGCCUGCUCCUAGAUACACGCCUACAGAUAGGCCAGCCACUGGUAAAGCCAUGAGGGAUGCCUUAGCUGAACUUACCGAUGAACAAAGAUCAAAUCUUGCUGAAGUUGCAGCUGGAGAAGGAAUGAUGCAGGAGAUCCAAGACGAAGAAGAUGAAGUAGAAGCAACUACUGAUUAUGUUGCAGAGGAAAAGGAGGAGGAGAAUGCUUAUGCGGAGAUGCUAUGGAGUCAGAUUGAUUCAUCAGAGAGUUUUUAAGGGAAAUUUUUACGCACAGCAAUUCGAGCAAUAUUCAACUAACCUCAUCUGCAGAUCUUCAACAAUAGUGAUUUCAAAGAUGAACAAAAUUUGUUGGGUCAGAUAAAAUGUAUGUUAAAUGUAUAAAUAUUCAUUGUGAGCUCUUCCGUGUGAUUGUGUCAAUCAAUGUAACUUUGAGGGUUUAACGUUUA